CCCAUUCGCCCUUUGACGACACCUUUUAUCACCGGUUCAACCGUGCCGACUUUCUAAGCACCAGACAUCUUUUCAUACCUCCUACACGCUGAUUCCCGAUUGCCGGGGCAGUUCGGUCCAUGAGAACGGAGAUGGAGAAUCUUGAGCCUCAUGAUGAUCACCAUAGCCCCGGUCCUGUGUUCGGUGGGUUCGACCAUAUAAAGCGCUGGGGCACGGACGUUAGGAACGGCUCUCCAUCUUCGCUCGACUCGAACCAGGGUUCAUAUACUCGGCACCGCGAUACAGCAGCAGCAAGGACAGCGUAUAGGCGGAUUAUUCCUGCGAUGCUUCUCACAGGUGUCGUUUCGGUCCUUCUGGCUGUCUCGCAGACGGCUUGGGGCAGUGGGCCCUCGCAGGAUAGGGGGCAUGUGCUGAAUGUUGAUGCGGAGAGUGUUAGUGGCAAUGGGACGUCGACGUUCUCGGGGACCGUUGCGAACUGUCCUGGAUACACUCUGCAGAACCUCACUCAGAAUGAUUACGGGCUUACGGCUUCGCUCAGCCUAGCGGGCGAUGCGUGCAAUGCGUUCGGGAAUGAUAUUGCGAACUUGUCGAUUCAGGUGGUGUAUGAGACGGACUCCAGACUCCACGUCCACAUCUACGACACCGCCAACCAGCAGUUUACGAUCCCUGACUCCGUCAUCGAGCGCCCCGCGCCUCCGGUCCUGUCGUACACCAAUUCCUCGGACCUCGAGUUCAACUACGACGCGUCCCCGUUCGCGUUCUGGAUCACGCGGCGCUCGCAGCCGGAUGCGACGCCCCUCUUUGACACGCGCAAGCAGUCGUUGCCCGCGACACCGAUCCCGUCGACGCCUGCGAACGGGUAUAAUGUCAGUUUGGACGGGUUCGAGUUGGUGUUCGAGGAUCAGUAUCUCCAGAUCGCAUCAUCCCUGCCUAAAGGCACGAACAUCUACGGUCUCGGGGAGGUCGUCUCGAGCAGUGGCUUUAGACGCGACAUCGGUGCUGCACCGGGCGAGAACGGGACGCUGCACGCGUUCUGGGCGCGCGAUUCGGCGGAUCCUGUCGACGAGAAUAUGUACGGUUCGCACCCGAUCUACAUGGAGCACAGGUACGACGAGAGUACGGGGACGUCGUCGACGAACGGCGUAAUGCUUCUCAGCUCAGAUGCAAUGGACGUGAUACUCACCACCCCUCCCGGAUCCAACGUCUCCUUGAUCGAGUACCGCGUCGUCGGUGGCACACUCGACUUCUACUUCUUCGCAGGCCCGACCGCGAGCAGCGUCAUCGCGCAAUACGGCGAGCUCAUUGGAUACCCGACGUGGCAGCCCGCGUGGGGGUUCGGGUUCCAUCUCUGCAGGUGGGGAUACCACAACGUCUCGGACGAUAUAGAGAACGUCGCGGCGAUGCGGGCGGCGGGCAUUCCUUUGGAGACCCAGUGGAACGAUAUCGAUUUGUACGAUGCUUUCCGCGACUUUACGUCUGAUCCUGUCAGUUUCCCGGGCGACGAAAUGAGAGAGUUCAUCGCCGACCUUUCGUCGAACCACCAGCACUAUAUCCCGAUUGUGGAUGCAGCCGUGCCUGUUACGGUGAAUUCAUCGGAUGUCUACGACCCCUAUACCAGCGGAAUUGAACAAGACGUAUGGGUCAAGAACCCCGAUGGAUCAAUGUACAUCGGCCAAGUCUGGCCCGGAUAUACCGGCUUCGCAGACUGGUUCGCGCCCAACACCCAAGCGUGGUGGACCCAGGCGUUCCAGAACUGGAGCGACGGUGGCGUCACGUUCUCUGGAAUUUGGCUGGACAUGAACGAGAUCAGCUCGUUCUGCUAUUAUUCUUGUGGAACGGGAGCGAACCUGUCAGACAUACCGCCUUACACGCCUGCGACGUCCGUGGCUGGGUGGCCCGAGUGCUACAACGAGACGCUUUCCGGACCAAGUGGGAACAUGACCGUCAACGGCACUAGCACUGACUCGUGCACCACCGCCUCUGGAGCAAGUAGUGCUACCCCUCAGAAGAGAGCAUCCGUCUUUGACAUUGACCGGCGAGGCGUUGGCGCCGGUGAUGAACCUGGCGUUAAUCUGAAUAGCCCACCAUAUGCGAUUCGCAACUCCUAUGGAGCACUCAACUCACACACAAUUGCGACGAACGCGACGCACGCCGGGGGAUACGCCGAGCUAGACGUGCACAACAUGUGGGGUCUCAUGGAGGAGAAGGCGACGCAUCUCGCUGUUCAGGCUGUCCUCCAGGGCAAGCGACCGUUCUUGAUCUCGCGCUCGACGUUCCCGUCCUCGGGCAAGUGGUCUGGCCAUUGGUUGGGCGAUAACUUCAGCACGUGGCUGUAUAUGUAUUACAGCAUCCAGGGCAUCCUGCAGUUCCAGCUAUUCCAAGUCCCGAUGGUCGGAGCUGAUACGUGUGGAUUUAACCAAAACACGGACGAGGAGCUGUGUAACCGCUGGAUGAUGAUGUCCGCAUUUGUGCCGUUCUACAGGAACCACAACACCUACGCUGCGCUAUCCCAGGAACCCUACAGAUGGGACAGCGUUGCCAAUGCAUCGCGUAUUGCUAUUGCUGCGCGGUACUCAAUGCUUCCGUAUUGGUACACCCUCUUCGCCAACUCGUCUACGACCGGUACGCCACCGGUUCGUGCGCUGUGGUACGAAUUCCCGAACGAGCCUGAGCUCUUCGGCGUGGAUAGGCAGUGGCUCGUCGGCAGUGAUAUUCUCAUCACUCCUGUGCUUGAGCCCGGUGCCACUACAGUCGACGGCAUUUUCCCUGGUCACGGCAACGUCACCUGGCGCGACUGGUGGACGCACGCCGCUGUAAACGCUACCUCGGGCGGGAACACUACGCUCUCGGCGCCCGUCAGCACUAUCAAUGUUCACAUCCGCGACAACUCUGCCCUUUUGUUGCAUCAGGAGCCAGCAUACACGAUCUACGAGACGCAGCAGGGACCGUACGAGCUGCUCGUCUCCCUCUCGGCUUCAGGUGGUGCGUUUGGCACUGCGUACGUCGAUGACGGGGAGAGCUACCCACCGGGCGAUAGUCGCACGCUCAAAUUCGUCGCGAGCCCUGGGCAACUGCAAAUCCAGAGCGAUGGCGCAUACGAUAUCGUACAGAAGCUCGAGACGAUCACGGUCCUCGGUGUCACGCAGGAGCCGAGCGAUGUGAGCGUCCAGGGCCAGACCGUUGGCAACUUCACGUAUCUGCCGGCGACGGAGGAGCUCGUGUUGGAUAGCUUGGGGUUGGAUUUGAACGAGUGGACGACGGUGAACUGGCACUAGUGCCAUAAAUGACUUUUUUCGAUACACAUACGUGGACUUGUACUCGCUCUUGCUUUGACUCUCUUACUUUUGAAUGUACUAUAUGUGCC